AUGUUCGGUGAAUCCGAGUCCGAAAGCCCCCGCGUCCCAAGCCCAUGGGACUCCCUCAUCUCCCUUCCCCCUUCUCCAAAGCCAUCUUCAUGGGGCACCUCGACGCGCCCACACACACCCUCCCCACUCUCCUCCGACCUCCCCUCCCCCUCUCUCCCAAUCCCGCGCCUAGUCCCCGAAUCAGACGACGGCAACGUCGAAUACAAACUCCAACUUCUCUCUCCCUCCCCCGCCCGCUUCGCCCGCCUCGUCACGCAACUCAAAUGGCGGCUACUCGAAGGCGGCGGUCAAGCCUACUACGAACUAGGCGUAUCCGAUUCCGGGGACUUGAUUGGACUGCCUAGGGAGGACCUUGAAAGGAGCUUGGAGACGCUUGAGAUGAUGGCGGGUGAGAUUGGCGCGAGUGUGGUUGUUGUUAAGGAGAUUGAGGUCCCGGUUGGGAUGGUGGAGUUGGUGGCGAGAAGGGAGGGGAAGAGGAGGGGGAAGGGCAAGGUGGAGGAUGAGGAUACGGAUACGGGGAGUUCGACGGUGCAGACCGAGACGGAGACUGAGACUGAGUCGCCUUCUGAUACGGAUGGCGAUGAUCUUUCGGCCACUGUUGUCUUGGAGCGCGACGCUCUAUUCGCAAUGGACUUUGAAUCGGAUUUGGACGAGCCUACCUCCCAACCUCGGUAUGCAAUCGACCUAGAGAUCGCUUCGGUAUUCAAGCCCAGGCCUGUACGUACCGGAGUCCACAGCCAUCUACACAUCGCUGGUAAUGCUGGGGGGAAGAAUAAGAAGGUGAAGAAGCCGAAGCAUUUGAUGUCGUUUAAUGGGGACGAGGGGAGUGUGAAUGGGGAUGGGAAUGGGGACGCGAUGGAGCGCAACAAGGCUCAUAAUCGAAGACAAGCAAGGGACAGGAAGAGGGAGGAGAAGAGGAGGGCGUUGACUGCGUUUGCGGCACAGAGCGUCGCCACUGGUCCUGCCGCCGCCGUUGACUUGGACUCGUCUACCAUCGUACACGGUCUGGAGCAGAUGCACGUCACCAUUGAGGAGCCCGCUACCUUGACCGUUCCUUCUGACGACACCACUCUCGAGGUCUCCUCUAUCAUCUCAUCCAUCGACAUCUCAUUAGAAAUACAAGAAGACGAAGAUGCGGAGGACGACGACGACGUCUUCGCCCCACCAACAACCACCACCUCCUUCUCCUCCUUCUCCACCUUCCCCGCCACCCCAGGCGGCGAAUCGUUCUUGAACGUCCCAGCCCUCUCCAGCGUCUUUCCCACCACCUCUUCUGGGGCUGGCUCCGCGACGAACGGGGGAAAGGCGGAGAACGUGAAGGGUGAGACGAGGUUGAUCGUUGAGGCGCUUGUGGUUAGGAAGAUGUCGUUGGAGGAGGCCUUUUUGGAUUUUGUGGGGGGAGGAAGGGGUUUUGGUUAG